GAAGAAAACAGCCGAGCAGGAAUCAAAACAAGACGCGGACACGCCUUCACCAUUAAAGGUUAUAGUAGCUUAUUUCUUUUACCUGCAGCGAAACGCAAAGUCCGCUUCUUCCCCGAAGGAGACCUCAAACACCAAGAGGAGUGAAAUAAAAGAAAGAAAGCGCCGCAAACGCACCGUCGAAAUCCGCCGCAGAAAUGGAGUCAACAGAAAUGUCAGACAGCGUUGACACCAGCCGCUGAUUUAAAAAAAAGAAGGUCGAAACAGCAACCGUUGACGUUUCAAACUCCGUAAAAUGCCCAACCAGAAGAACAGCAAAGGGAAGAAGAGCAAACGCGCGAACAGCAGUGGAGACGAGCAGGAAAAUGGAGGCUGCGCGGCGGCGGCAGCGGGAGGCGCGGCGGCUGCAGCUGCCGCUGCGCCCAGGACGGAGCGCUGCAGCGAGGUCCAGUGCGCCUCCCCUCUGGGCUGCAGCCUGGGCCGCUCCAUCGACCUGGAGAAAGAGGACCACCAGCGGGUGCUCUGCAACAACGAGCUCUGCCCAUACGGCAACUGGAUGCAUUUGCAGUGCUUCUAUGAGUGGGAGAGCUCCAUCCUCGUUCAGUUUAACUGCAUCGGCCGUGCCCGCUCCUGGAACGAGAAGCAGUGCCGGCAGAACAUGUGGACCAAGAAGGGCUACGACUUGGCCUUCAGGUUCUGCUCAUGCCGCUGCGGACAGGGCCACCUGAAGAAGGACACCGACUGGUAUCAGGUGAAACGUAUGCAGGAUGAGCGCAAAAAGAAGCCGUCUGAGAGGAGCUCUGGGAGGACUGGGGGCGCUGUGGGGUCUGGAGAUGGUCCAUUUGAAGAGCCCAAGAAGAGCAAGCCAACUGGAGCCUCUGGAGGGGGGAAAUUACCCCACAGGGCCUCCAGUCAGGAGUUACCUCGUAGACAAUCGGUGGACCGCCAGAACUCCAUAGAAAGAGGAGGGGGCCAUGGUGCAGGAGGACUAUCUCCCCUGGGGCCUCCUCAGAAAUCUCCCUGCGACUCCCCAGGAUUGUCUCCUCCCAGCGGUUUUAACUUCUCCCCCCCUGUCCUGGGAUCAGGGGGAGCAGGUAUGCGGGGUUCCCGCCAGCUGGGCGAAUUCUUCAAAUCAGCCGUCCACAUGGACCCGCAGAGAAAACACCUGCUGGCUGGAGGUGUUCUGAGUCGGGGUGGCGGAUGCUCCCCUGGUUCAGCCGGUGGCGCACACCUCGAUCCAGGGUCUGUUUUUCCUCUGCAGCUGUCCUUCGCCCUCCCACUCCACCCCCGUCUCACCUCCGGCGGCGGAGGGGACAGUACCCACGCUCACCCGGUGCAGUUCCUGAGGAGGCUGGACCUCUCGGAGCUCCUCACCCACGUCCCCCGCCACAAACUCAACACUUACCACGUCCGCAUGGAGGACGACGCCCAGGCAGGCCAGGGGGAGGAGCUACGCAGGUUUAUACUGUCAGCUCUCAGUGCAAGCCAGAGGAACGUGGUUAACUGUGCUCUAUGCCAUCGCUCACUGCCCGUGUUUGAGCAGUUCCCCCUGGUGGAUGGGACGCUGUUCCUCAGUCCGUCACGCCAUGAGGAAAUUGAGUACGACGUCCCCUGCCACCUUCAAGGUCGAUUGAUGCACCUGUAUGCCAUAUGUGUGGAUUGUCUGGAGGGCGUCCACAAGAUCGUCUGCAUCAAGUGCAAGUCGCGGUGGGACGGGAGCUGGCACCAGCUGGGAACCAUGUACACCUACGAUAUACUGGCUGCUUCGCCCUGCUGCCAGGCUCGGCUCAACUGUAAGCACUGCGGGAAGCCGGUGGUGGACGUCCGAGUCGGGAUGCAGUAUUUCUCAGAGUACAGCAACGUCCAGCAGUGCCCUCACUGCGGCAACCUGGACUAUCACUUCGUUAAACCCUUCUCCUCCUACAAAGUCCUCGAGGCUUAUUGACAAAUGUUUCAACACGCGCUAGUUCGGCUGCUUUUUUUUCUCAUUUGUUUUCUAACACAAUCUAGGAAAGAUCUCUAAUUUUUUUGGGGGCCUUAAGGUGGUUUUAUGUUUUAAAGUUCUCUCCUCCUUUGAAUGCGUAGGGAAAAUGUGACAGAAGGACGAGUUAAAGAACUGUUAGGAGAGGCGAUAAAAUGUGGAGCUGACGUUUUCAGUCAAGUGAACACAUUUAUCUGAGACACGUGAAUGUAUCUGUAUGCCAAAAUUUGCUUUUAUUUUUUACCAAAACUGAUCUUAAAAUAAAGAGAGAUUCACACU